GGUUGCGCUAUGCGCUGUUGAGAAGUUGGUGCUAUCUCCCGGUUACCUAAGUUCUUGCAGUUUCCUUCCCUCAGUAACUGUUGCUGAAAUAAACUGAUUUAGUUUUGUGUUUAUUAAGGCGAAUGGUCGUGUCUUCUACCAUAGAACUGUUCAUAAACUUAAAUACCUUAUUGAUGCUUGGCUAGCUAGCUUUGGCUCUCCACUCACUGUCAAUACCGUCACUAGCAGGGAGCUAGCCUAACCGGCUAACCACUUUUGCUGUAGCCUGAAGUUGACACAGCCGUAAUCAUCUUGAGGGAAUGAACCACAAGAGUAAGAAACGAAUCAAAGAAGCGAAACGGAGCGCCAGGCCGGAAUUAAAGGAUUCCGUUGACUGGACAAAGCAUAACUACUGCGAGACUUUCGAUCUUUCGCACCGGACAGUGAAGGACAAUGUGGAGCGAGUGGACGCCCUUCGUCUGAGCCCAGAAGAGUUCAUCCAGCGCUUUGAGAAGCCCUACAAACCUGUAGUUCUGCUGAACUGUCAGGAGUCAUGGCCAGCACGGGAGAAAUGGACCCUGGAACGGCUCAAACGCAAAUACCGCAACCAGAAGUUCAAGUGUGGCGAGGAUAAUGACGGUUACUCUGUGAAAAUGAAGAUGAAAUAUUACGUUGAAUACAUGGAGAGUACGCGAGACGACAGCCCGCUCUACAUCUUCGACAGCAGCUAUGGGGAGCAUGCCAAACGCCGCAAGCUGCUGGAGGACUAUCAGGUGCCCAUCUUUUUUAGAGACGACCUCUUUCAGUUUGCUGGGGAGAAGCGGCGGCCACCAUACAGGUGGUUUGUGAUGGGCCCUGCUCGCUCCGGCACAGGCAUUCACAUCGACCCACUGGGCACGAGUGCUUGGAAUGCUCUGGUUCAGGGCCACAAGCGAUGGUGCCUCUUCCCCACACAUACGCCUCGUGAGCUCAUUAAAGUAACCCGAGAUGAGGGUGGCAACCAGCAGGACGAGGCCAUCACCUGGUUCAGUGUGAUUUAUCCCCGCACACAGCAGCCCACCUGGCCCGCUGAGUUCAGACCACUGGAGAUCCUGCAGCGUCCUGGAGAGACGGUGUUUGUUCCGGGUGGCUGGUGGCAUGUUGUCCUCAACUUGGACACGACCAUUGCGGUCACUCAGAACUUCGCCAGUACCACCAACUUCCCCAUUGUUUGGCACAAGACAGUUCGUGGCCGGCCUAAACUCUCCAGAAAGUGGUACAGAAUUCUAAAGCAGGAGAGGCCAGAUUUAGCUGCUCUUGCAGACAAAGUGGACCUGCAGGAGUCUACAGGCAUUGCUUCAGACAGCUCUAGUGACUCUUCCUCCUCCUCUUCUUCUAGUUCCUCAGAUUCAGACUCCGAGGCUGAAUCAGGCUCUGAGGGAGAUGCCAUGGCCCACCGAAGGAAGAAGCGGAGAACCUGUGGCAUAAUGGGAAACGGUGACAUCACCAGCCAAGAUGACUGUGUGAGCAAAGAGCGAAGCUCUUCACGGUGACAUCCUGCCACAUUUAAUUCCAUCAGAGGGGCUUUUAAUCCCAUGGGUCUCUCUCUCUCUCUCUCUCUCUCUCUCUCUCUCUCUCUCUCUCUCUCAUAUCCCCUGGAGCCUCUCUGUUUAUUAAAGGUCUGCUGCUGACGUUUGUCUACUUGAUAGCACUGUCAGCUCUGGUGUGCUGUCUGAAUCCACUAGUAAUGUGCUUUUAGUGAAAAUCGAGAUAAAAGGAAGGAAUAUCCAUAUUAGUGUUCAUUGGGCCAGGUUGGCCUUAGCAUGAAUAUGAAUUAAUGGGAAAAGGUGGGUGCUUGUUUUCAUCUUCCACACUCCACUUAUUCUUGAGCUGUGAUUUUGCCUUAUCAUUUCCUCACUCAUUUGAUAACAUUGUUCUGCCAUCACUCUGAUCAUUAUGUUUGUUUCCCAGUGUAUAAAUCAUCUCAGAGGUGUUCUGGUUUGAUCAGAAUGGUCGUUCAGAGUCUCUAAAGUGCUUCAUACAUACAAACCCUGAGCCCGAAGAUUAGUCUUUGGUUAAUACGAGAAAAUAUAUGAACAGUGCUGCUUUUAACUACACAAAACGGUAAGGUGGAAAUGAUCUAUGAAAUACAGCAUGAAUAGAGAAUUCAUAUCAUAUGAUUUUUGCAUUUUCCCGGAGUUCACUUUUUUUAGUAGAGCUUGCAAAAACAAGUUGUCCAAACAUGUUCACAUAUCUUGUUGGCUAUUAAGUGGUCAGUUUUCUCUUACUAUGUUAUAAACAAAGAGUCUUUCUUUAUGACCCCAUAUCUGUUUAGAAAUUAGGCCAUGGAUUCGCAAAAGGCUGAUAGCUCAGUAGUCAUACAUAGUUAAAAAUGAACUACCUUUUUUUAGGGAAUUUUUAAUCCGUUCACUUGUGCAGACUUGGAGAAGUAGCAGCUUUCUGCAAACUAGUGGCUAUUUAAAAGAGAAGUGCCAUUUAAUUUAUGCAGUAUUAAAUAUGAAUCCCACUAUUUUCGCUGUGUUUCUGACCUGUUUUUUGUGGGAAUUCCACCCAUUUUCCUAAAUUUCUACAUAAUUCAUAGGUAGAGGUGUAAGCAAAGUCAUUCAGAGUGGUUUGAUGUGAAAUGGUGCAUUGUAAAGAAACUUCACCAGAUCAUAGCUUUAGACAUCUGGCUCCUGUCACCAAAACUGUAAAGAUUUCUGACUCUUUAGAUUUUCUCUGCAGUGGAGCGUUUCACAUGAAACCACAUCAAAUGACUGUUUAUAUCUUGAAUUAUGCUGAACUUUUGAAAAACUGGUGCAGUUUACAUUUAAAACUGAUGAGAUUAGUGUAUGUACACAACUAGGAAUUGAAAUGAUUGAAAUGAUUUUAACUUCAGGGAGAAAAUAACUAUCAGAUACAUAGCUAGAGAUCACUUUUACCAGUUGAAAUGUAGCUUUUGUCAGAUGCUCAGAGCUCCAUAUUCAGGAAAUAUUUUAGAUACACGACAUUUAACACUAGGGCUAGUAGCACAUUGCUUUAGCCUACUGUGAUGUGCACAGGGCCAUCUUUCAAAGCUAGCAGUCUCUGACUGUCAAAUGAAAAUUUUAGAAAUUGAACAAAUGCACAAAAAACAAAACAUAACUUGUUAGCAGUAUUGAUGGUCUGCUAUUCUCCUAUUGCAGUACUGCAGAGACUGAACGGUUUUGUUCAUUGUUAAUAUUUAAUUAAAGUAAUAAGCAUUUUUCCAGAAAGAGCCAGUACACAAUGAAGUACCUGUAAAGAAUAAUUAACAUUGGUGGAAGUUUAAGAUAGUAAGCCGUAUGUUGUGAUGUACGUUGAUAUGUUGCAGAAUCUAGGUUCUUGUACUUAAACAAAAAAAUUUGUUUUGUAUAUAUGGAAUUGUCUGUCCCCUGCAAAAAAAAGUGCCUAUUUGUGCCUAAUGGUUGUGUGGUUGCUCUAACUGUAAGGCUGCUUACUGCAAACUGCACCAGCCUCUCACAUUGCCAUGUUGACUGUCAAAGGAAUGCUUCAGUAUGUUUUUAAUCUAAUCUCUUUGCCUGUAUCAUGCAUAUGACCAUGAACUACAAUUUCAAUAAGUUUCCCUGGACAAUAAAAAGUACAGGAAACUUAGUGACUCUAAACACACUUGUAAUAGAAGCCUGUGGGCAGUUGCUUCAGAGAUUAUGUUGAACGCUGGAGUAUUCCUUUAUUUUAUGAGUGCUUGUAAUGUAUCCAUGGUUAUUUUCCAAAUACAUUUGGGAGACUAAAAGAAUAUUUACAAAACCCUCAAAAUGACAGCCAAUCUUUAUUUCAGGGUUUUUCAGUCUUACCUGCAGGUUUUGUAGUCAGUCUUAUACAUGCUGUUGUUUUUAGAUGGAGAUGUGAUAACUGGGCACAUCCUUGUUCUGCACUUUCUCAGCCCCUGGGGUCAAGCAGUUUUGGCCUACUGGGCUUUGGGUGUGCAAAAAAAAAAAGACACCUUGCUGUUGCUUGGGUCAAAGGAAAUGAAUCAAUAUUGUUAAUUAUUUGAUUUAAUAAAGCUUUCUAUGAAUUUACAGUCA